UGGUUGCAACUUCCUAUGACAGGUCGGCGCCGGAUGAUGGUGUGCAUGUCGCGCUUGUGGCAAUCGGGCUCCGUGCUCGCAGCGCGGCUCGGAAAGCGGGUUUUGUCUUGCAGCCGAGUGGGCCUUUCAGUCCAGCACUAUAGCACCAAGGCAGCUCCUCACAUACCGGGGAUGGAGUACCAGUUUACCACUUUUGUUGUAGGAUGCCGUUUGCACUCUUAACACACUUCAGACUAAUGCCAGCGCUCUGGACGAGGUACGGCGGGUGCGAAACCACCCUGAGCUGCAGCUCCAGGCCAUGAAAGGUUUCCUGGAACGGGCUGGCCUCACAGUGAAGGAACUAGACCACCUAAACAUCAUUCAUGUGACAGGAACAAAGGGCAAGGGCUCAACAUGUGCAUUUACUGAACAGAUUUUAAGAUCUUACGGCUUCCGGACAGGAUUUUACAGUUCACCACAUUUGGUCGAAGUAAGGGAGAGAAUUCGAAUCAACGGACAACCUAUUGGGAAAGAUCUCUUUACAAAAUACUUCUGGCAGGUUUAUGGACGCCUCGAUGAAACAAAGGAAGCCAAUGAUGGGACAAUGCCUGCGUACUUUCGUUUCCUCACCAUCUUAGCCUUCCAUGUCUUCCUUCAGGAGAAGGUGGAUUUGGCUGUGAUUGAAGUUGGGAUUGGCGGAGCGUAUGACUGCACCAAUGUUAUAAGGAGACCUUGGGUAUGUGGUAUCUCAUCUCUAGGAAUAGACCACACUCAGAUUCUUGGAGACACCUUGGAAAAGAUUGCCUGGCAAAAAGGUGGCAUCUUUAAGCCAGGAGUCCCUGCUUUCACAGUCAAACAGCCAGAAGAGGCAAUGUCCGUGCUGAGGAGCAGGGCCAAAGAAAUCCAAUGUCCCCUCUGGGUGUGUCCAGACUUUGAGCAGUACCAGGCAAACUGUGGACCUCUGAGUCUGGGCUUGGCAGGGCAACACCAGCGUGCCAAUGCCACUCUCGCCCUGCAGUUGAGUCACACUUGGUUACAAAGGAGAUGCCUACCAGAAGAAAAGUAUUUGUCCACCAGACUUAAGACGACAACUAUAUCUGAAGCACCUCCCUUUACACCUUCUCCCAACAUGAAGAAAGGACUUGCCAACACUGAAUGGCCUGGAAGGAAUCAAACAAUUAAACAUGGAGAAGUCACAUACUUUUUGGAUGGUGCUCACACCAUGCGCAGUAUGCAAGCCUGUGUGGACUGGUUCCGAGAGACGGCAGCAGAGCAUGAAAGGAAUUCAUGUGGACCUGUAGCCAGAAUCUUGCUCUUUAAUGCUACAGGAGAGAGAGACUGCGCAGCCAUGCUGAAACUUCUGAUGCCUUGCCAUUUUGAUUUUGCUGUGUUCUGCCCUAACAUCACUGAGACCAUCACUUCCUGUAAUGCAGACCAACUGAACUUCAAUGUGUCGGUGGAACACAUGUUAACCCGCUGCUUGGACAACGAGAGGAGCUGGCGCUUGCACAAUAGCACAGGGGACACAGGCAGCAACCCACUUCUGAUUGAGGACAGCUUGUCUUUAGCCCCCGACAAGAAAGCGGACACUCUGGUGUUCCCUUGUAUCCUUAGCGCCCUCCACUGGAUCACACAGGGUAGAGACCCUGUGCUGGCGGACCCUUCCAAGAAAGUGUUCCCGUUGAAACCCAGUGUGAAUGCCAAAGCUGCUCCACUCUGCAAUGCAGCCCAGAUUCACAUACUUAUCACUGGUAGCCUGCAUCUGGUAGGAGGGGCACUAAAACAUCUUGUUCCUCAAUCCGCCUAGGAACUGGAAUUCCUUUUAGAAUUAGCAUGGGGCUGUUAUCUUUAUGGGCGCUAUUGUUCUGGGCAGUGGUACAGUAUCACAUAGAUGAGUGCACCCUUCACAUUUCAGCAGCUGUUUUUAGUAUAUCUUCUCAAGGGAGUGAAACUGUGUUAUAACUUUAGGGUAGUCUGUGUAUAGCUUGUAAAGUAGUAAAGAUUUAACGUACUUAACACACACGUUACUGUACAAAAGUGUGUGUGAAACGCUGGACACUUGCCACCCUCCAUAGUCGCUAUCUUGGCUACAUAGCAGAAGGGGAGGGACUAACUUGAGUGGUUGCAAUUCACCAUUUAAAAGAAGAGGAAGCAGGCAAACAUGUGAUCGUCAACAACAGUAACCAAUUUGAGACAAAAUUUGCACAGAAAUUAAUUAGUGUACAUACCGGUACACCAUUUGAGACACAACCAAUAUUUUGUGAGCACCAUUGCUGUUUAGCACUGCCUUUAAUCCACUUAGCCAUGGAAGUAAUUAGAGUGGCAUAGUUUGAUACUGAAAUCCUCUUUCUCUCAUUUAUGGUGUCAUGGUGGGCUCACCAGUUUCGGCCUCACUCAUGCUUGACUGGCGGCUAGACUCGCGUGUUGCCAGCUAUUAAAACAAUAAUUAUUGUGUUCGGUGGAUAGUUAAGCUAUAUUGUACAAAAGCUGUACACUGUCUACUCUAAAGAAUGUCUUAAGUUUCAUUUCUGGUCCCUUGAGAAGAUAUGCAGUACUAUAUAAAAAUUGUUGCUAAACUUUGGGGCGUGCUCCUUGUGUAAGCUGUACAGAAGAUCACUGAUAUUUGCGGAGGUUGCUUUCUAAAACCACAGAAAUGGGAUUUAUCUUGGCAAAAAUACAUAUUUUUCCGCCAUAAAAAUGCUAAAUUGCGAAUAUGCAGGGAUCUAUUUAUGUUCGAGAGAAAUUGUCUCCAGGCACUGUGGAGUUCGAACUAAGGCAGCUUCAUCACCGGUCUAGCCUCACAUGAAGCCUUAAACACUGGAGUGCCAUGUCAUCCCACUUGAAGUCAAAAAUGUGUUUACAUCGGGUGUAUAUUCAGUUUUGAAUGAUAUUUUUGUACAUCACCCAUUCCAAAAGGUAUAUUUGUGUGUCUGUUUAGAUACAUGUAUACAUAGAUACAAACAUACAGUGGUACCUCG